AUGCCAAUUUAUAUUAAAGAAUGCAAAAAUCCCCCUUUUUUUAAUUCUUUUUUUUUUUUAUUUUACUUUUUACUUUUUACUUCCUUCCUUAAUUUCUUAUUAUUCUUUUUAGUUUACAUACGGUUAGCAAUGAGUUAUCAAUAUCCUACCAAGUUUGCUCCUGUAUCUACCAACUUGAACUUGUUUACAAGUAGCUUUGAUCAUAAAAACAAAAAUGAACAAAUUAGCCAUACAAAUCUUCCAAUCCAUAAACAAUUUAAUUCAAUAGAAUUCAAUAGUGAUCCUUUAGCUGAAAUAUUGAAUCUUCUGAGACAGAAAAUUAAAAACUAUACUUUGAAGUACCCUGAAGAACCACAAAUUGAAUUACCAACCGACGAUGAUAAAGAAAAUUCCCAAUUUAUGAUACCCAGACUUACGCAAUCGACACCUGUCAAACAACAACCUCCACAAAUGAAGCCAGUAAAACCAAAGACGGCACACAAAGUAGACAAUUUAGCUUGUCAUGCUGACAAUAUCUUACGUAUGGCAAUUGACUCCACAAUUAUAAGUUCAAACUCAUUCACCAUAAAUUCAUUUGAUGAAGAAGACGAGGAUGAUGAGGAUAAUCAUCUUGAUAUCCAUGAACACUCAUUAAUUGAGUUAUUAAAAUCAAAGAGCUCUUUCAGGGAUUUGAGAAGAAAGCGUUCUACGCUCAGGUUUGAUAUAAAUGCAGAUGACAUUAAUUCUGUUUUAUAG